AUGGCGGAGUUUCAGGACAAGGCUCCGCACUCGACUGCAAGAGUCGAGCCCUCGCCAGAUGUCGAAGAACAUAUGAGUAUUGGUCGGUACAUUGCUACCCGCAUCCCGACCUUGGUACCACCCAUGAACCCAGCUCCAAACCCCUUUCGAGCCCUCACGCUCCUCAACCGCCAGCAAUGGCUAUUUUUCUUGGUCGGCUUUUUGGGAUGGAGCUGGGAUGCCUUUGACUUUUUCACCGUUUCUUUGACGACCAGCCAGUUGGCGAAGCAAUUCGACAAGUCUGUCACCGAUAUCACAUGGGGAAUUACCUUGGUGCUGAUGCUUCGAUCGGUGGGGGCCAUCACAUUUGGUAUCGCUGCCGAUCGAUGGGGCCGUAAGUGGCCGUUCGUGGUCAAUCAACUUUUGUUUGUUGUGCUCGAGCUUGGCACCGGUUUCUGUCAGACCUAUAAGCAGUUCUUGGCCUGUCGCUCUCUCUUCGGAAUUGCCAUGGGUGGUCUUUAUGGUAAUGCCGCCGCGACAGCGCUGGAGGACUGCCCACCUGAAGCGCGUGGUAUUAUUUCUGGCUUGCUUCAGCAGGGUUAUGCUUUUGGGUAUCUUUUGGCAACUGCUUUUGCCCGUGGAUUGGUUGAUACCACCUCACAUGGGUGGCGGCCACUGUAUUGGUUCGGUGCUUGCCCGCCCAUCCUGAUCAUUGCUUUCCGGCUGUGUCUUCCCGAGACGGAAACCUUCCGCCGUCGACAGGAGACACGCGAGGCGGUUCGCGGUGGCGUAGCCAAAUCGUUCCUCUCCGAAGGCAAGGUGGCACUGAAGCGACACUGGCUGCUGUUGAUAUACCUGGUCCUGUUGAUGGCCGGGUUCAACUUUAUGUCCCAUGGAUCCCAGGAUCUGUACCCAACAAUGCUAGAGAAUCAGUUCAAAUUCUCUGCCAACGCAGUUACGGUCACCCAAGUCGUUGCGAAUCUGGGAGCAUUGACAGGAGGCACAUUGUGCGGAUGGGCGAGUCAGAUCUUUGGCCGCCGAUUCUCCAUUAUUGUUAUCAGCAUCGUCGGCGGUGCGAUCCUCUACCCCUACACUUUCACCACUUCCAAAUCCGUUAUAGCGGCUGCUUACUUUGAGCAAUUCAUGGUGCAAGGCGCCUGGGGUGUGAUCCCAAUUCACCUGAUGGAGUUGUCCCCAGGAGCCAUUCGGACUUUUGCAGUGGGUACAGCCUAUCAGCUCGGUAACUUGGUCUCGUCUGCCAGUUCGACUAUUGAGUCAACCAUUGGCGAACGGUUCCCACUUCCACCUAGCGCUAGUGGCACCAAACGCUACGAGUAUGGCAAGGUGAUCUGUAUUUUCAUGGGAUGUGUCUAUGCCUAUGUCAUCCUCAUCACCCUGGCCGGUCCGGAGCGCUUGGGCCGGAACUUUGAUGCCGAACAUGAUGCCGAUCUGGCAGUUGUCGCGGCUCAACGUGGUAUGGUUGACCAGGAUAAUGACCCGGAGAAGGCAGUAGCUUCGCGAGUGGAGUAA